GCGGUGCCGGACCGCGAGAGGGGAGGGGCCAGAGCAUUCCAUAACUGCAGCAGAGCAUGCCGUGUGCGUGCAAUAACAAUCAAUACAGAGCCAGCAGCACUGACUGAGACAGCGAGAGAAAGAAAGAAAGAGCAUUGCUAUACACACGUCCCGUCACUGAUUACUGGAGAACGGAACCGGCAAUACAGAACAAUCAUGUCUCAUCACGGACAAGACCCCGAGGAUAACCUGCACAGCUCUUGGGUGGAACUGCAGUACAGUCAGAGCAGCAGCAGCAGGAGAUCGAGCGUGGGAGGGGGGCUGGAACACAUGCCCUCCUCCUCCUCACAGCACCAGGGUGACAUGGAGCAGAUCCUGCUGGAUGCUCAGCUCGAGUCUGACAGAAACAGCUCCUCCGACAGCCCUCCCCUGGUGAUGAGGCCAAAGACAGCAGCCCCUCGAGCAGCACCCAGCGAGUCUGGGAGCAGCGCAGACCACACCAGCACACAGUCGGAGGAGGAUGGUCAGGAGCGUGCUGUGGAGGUGGAGAGCAUGCUGAAGAGCAGUGCUGACUGGAUCUGGGACUGGUCAAGCCGUCCGGAGAACCUGCCGCCAAAGGAGUUUCUGUUCCAGCACCCAAAGCAGACAGGCUCGCUGAGCAUGAGGAAGGCUCGCAUGAUGAAGAAGGGGAUCUUAUCCUCUGAAUUCCUGGUCAUCUUUAUCCCCUCCAUCGUCGUCUCUCACCUGCUCACCCUCGGACUCGGGAUCUACAUUGGGAAGAGGCUGGCUGCAUCCACAGCCAGCACGCUGUGAGCGCCAGCACCCCCUGCAGGAACAACAUAACAACUCUGAAUACUUGAACCAAUAGGAACGUAGCGUUGACAUCUCCAUCCACUCAUCUCACAUUGGAGGACAGCAGAUCCUCCUUCCUGAGAGGAGGAGGAGGAGGGUUACAGAUUUGUUUUUUUGGUUUGUUUCCUUUUUUUGUUUUUUGUAUCUUUUGUUGUUUUCUGAUUUUUUUUUUCUUCCGAUACUCAAAUUGAAGUAAGAAAAAAGUGAGGCUCACUUUUGCGUUGUUAACCCCUCUGGUAGGGGGAGAAAGAGAUAUAUUUGAUAUCUGACCCAAUGAUACACAGACCUGAGAGAGAGCUUUGUGUCCACCACACUGGCAGCGAGCUGCAGCACUGUGAGUGCUCGGGUGGGAGCUGGACGCUGUUUAUGACAGUGGAGAUUGUCUGUUGCUGGCAGUUAAGAUUUUUUUGUUUUGUUUUGCAUUUAAUUUUGGAAAUCAGUCCUAAUCCUAAUGCAAUAAUACAGAAAGCUGUCUCACUGCACUGUGUUGUCUGUCUCCCUGUUCCAGCACUGUGAGGUAAUGUACUCAUACUGUAUAAAGACACAUUUGAGAAUUUCUGCCAGCCAGGCUCAAGGAGCCGUUCCUUCAGCCCCAGCUGGUAGAGUUCUGUCCUGGAAAGCCAGAGCCAGCAGGGCUGGAUUGCUUCCUCUACCUUGAAGUAUUUUCUCCUUGUGUUUUCAAAAUAUUUUUAUUUGAUUCUGUCAGCUGUGUAAUUAGCGCAAUUACAAUUUAAUUUCGAAAAUCUAAAAAAAUGUACAAUUAUAAAAUACAUAAAAAGCAUUCAAACUACCCCAGAUUUCAUAGACUUUAAAUGUGUUUUGUGGAAUCUAAACUGGAGUUAAACUGGGGCCAGUUUCACAAAGUGUUUUUCAGACUCAACGGUCUUCCAGCUAGCAAAAACAUCUUGCAUUGUUUUUCAGAAAAUGUUUUUUCAGAAAACGUUUUUUCAAGAAGACAGAAAGAUCGAAAGAUAAAUGGUUUCUGUCAGUGCAUCUCCUUCUAUAUAAUUGCACUGGAUUUAGCAGACUCCAGGCAGAGGUGAAAGUGCUCCCUGCACUCUACACUACGCUGAGCUGCUCGUACCUGUGUCCCUCUGCACCGCUGCAGCCCAGUACUAGAACUUCUGAGCUACUAUAGUAAUGCUGGGAGCAGCACAGUGCUCUAUCCUGCAGAUUCGCUGGUACACAGAUGGGUUGUGAAGCGUCUAAUAAAUUAUGGAACACAGUCAUUUAGCAGAAGCAGCUGAACCACACUGUUUGUUAUUAUAAACUCCAGCAGAGCGAGUACGUGGUCGUUUCUCAUUUAGACUACAAUCAUUGUGCGAUACUCCAGAGUCUUUUAAUGUCUGUCUGCUGAUUUUGUUUUUGUUUUGCCUUCUCUUAGUUUACCCUAGUUU